UCAUUUAUAGAAUCCUGUUUACUCUCACCUUCAGAUUUGAGUCUUAUUGUUUCCCAAGUGAAAAUAUUAGGCCUUUGUAGUGUGAGGCCCUUAUGAUAUACAUUUUCUCUUGAAAUGUUUUUUAUAUUUGCUUUUAUGUUUGCUAUUUUAUUAUCCUUGUAAAAGAUGGUGGCUAUUAAUUGAUGCCAAAGAAAUGGAAAAUCUGUAUGCUUUAGAGUUAAAUCACCCUCCCUAGUCAGUGGAGCUAGAGACUAGUGACAAAAUCUAGGUUGCGUGCGUGGGGUUGUAGAACAAUUCUACUACACGAUCAGACUAAACUAAACCCUUUUGUUUGUUUUUAAAAAUGAAAUGGACAAAACUUUUAGCUUCUCUGGUGCAUCCUCUUAGAUCAUGAACAAUGUUAGUUCAGGAGGUUCUUACAGUGUGUGGUGUUAAGUACCUUAAGGGGAAGUGAUAUGAAAUAUCUACCAGGUAAUGUCUUCUCCCAUUUUCAAAGGUCACAGUUCAUAAUUGAUGCCUAAAUACCAUUCCACAGAUGGAUUUUUUUAUACUAUUUUCCAUUCCCCCCAAAAGGUAACAACAAGAGAAAAUCAUAGAAGGGAUCCAGCAUCUGACAGUGAGAAACCUUUUAAAUUGGAGGAAAAGGCUAAGAACAAAGACAAAGUCAUCCAUAAACUGUAUUUAAAGAUUGAUGAACUAAAGAAGAAAAACCAUGAGUUAGAGCAACAUGUUAUGCAACUGCUUGAUAAAAAGCAGGUGGUGGAGAGUCAGGUGGACAGUCUGACUAAUAAGAAUGAGUAUCUGUGCAAAGAACUUGCUGUAGUUGAUGAACUAGCUGAACAGCUGGAAAAAGAAAAAGAAUUAGUAUUGGAUACUGCUGACCAGGAGCUUGAGGAAGCAAAGACCCAAAUUAGAUGCCAGCAAAAUAAUAUUAGAAAGCUGGAGCACACAAUCAAAAUACUUAAAUCUGUUAUUUUAGAAACAGAAACUGAAAAAGUACUAGGGAAAUCUCCUUCAAGACUUGAUACCUUUAUCAAGGCAUUGGAGGAGGACAGAGAUUAUUAUAAAAGUGAAGCUGAGAAUUUGAGGAAGAUGUUUCAAAACACAUCUUCAAGUCCUAAGCGCAGCCCUACUCGGAGCACCAUUUCAAAACAUUCUUCACUUAUCCAGGGAAUGAGUUUGGAUCCAGAAAUUAUGAAAAUAUUCAGAGAACGUGAAGAACUUAAGACAAUGCUGGAAAAAUAUGAGCGCCAUAUGGCAGAAAUUCAGGGUAACAUCAAGGUUCUAACAGCUGAGAGAGACAAAAUCAUCAUUCUUUAUGAUCGGGCACAGGAAGAAAUAUCCCGACUUCGCCGAGAUGUUAUCAAGUCCCCCAAGACUUCUAAAAAUACUAUAACAGCCCAGGCUAUCUUGAGGCGUGUGGAGGCAGAAAGGGAUACAGCUCUUUCUGACUUCCGAAGGAUGACCACAGAACGAGAUAGCCUCAGGGAGAGGUUGAAGAUUGCCCAGGAGACUGCAUUUAAUGAGAAGGCUCAUCUGGAACAGAGAAUUGAAGAGCUGGAAUCGACUGUUCAAAAUCUUGACAGUGACCGUUUGGAACAAAUAUCAAAAAUAGCAUUGAUGAAAGAGACCAUAGAUUCUGUGGAAAUGGAGAUGAAAAUAUUGGCUAGAAGGGCACUGGAUUCAGAAAGUGAGCUCAGCAGACAAAAAGCAGAAUGUGCUUCACUAAGCUUAUUAAAUGAAAAGACAGAACAGAGUCUUUCAGAGACACAACGACAUCUUGCUAAAAAAAAAUAUGAAUUACAACUUACCCAGGAGAAAAUUAUGGUUUUGGAUGAAAAAAUUGAUAACUUUUCAAAACAAAAUCUUACACAACAAGAAGAGAUCCAUAUUCUCAAAGAAACUAUUGCUGAACUGGAUACAGAAAAGGAUUCCUUACAAGAAUGUAUGGAUGAAAAAACUGAAAAAAUUGCUUCCUUUCAAGAAACCCUGGCAAUUAAAGAAGAGACCAUUUCAGGUUUGAAGGAUUUCAUUUCUGAGAUGGAGCAAUCAUCAAAACAGUCUGCUGAAGCUCUUUGCAUCUGUGAGGAAGAUAUAACCAGAUUGCGCCAACAACUGGAUGAAACCAAUAAUGAACUUGCUCAGACUGGAAGGGACAGAGAAUCAUUAGUUCAAGAGAACGAUAGGUUACAGGAGCAACUUCAUAGAGUUAAGAAGGAAAAUCAGAGUGUAUACCAAAAAUUUGCAAAGUGUCAGAAUGAGUUUGAUGAUAUGAAGUUGAAAGUGCAGGAUUCAAGCACAGAUAUUGCCAGAUUGAAGAGCACUUUGAAUUCUAUGGAGAGAGAGAACCGUGAACUUUCAGAGAGCUACCGCAAGGCCAAUGAACAGGCAGAAAACUGGGAAACAAAAUUUCACCAAGCAGAAGGAGAUUGCAGCUCUGUCAGACUGAUGCUCCUCAAUACUGAGUCUGAGAGCCGUAGGCUGAAAGAAAGAAUGGAGUCCCUUGAAACAGAGAUUGAGCAACACUUAUCAACAGAAAAAGCCUACAAGUCACAGAUUUCUACCAUAAACAAGUCUCUCAUGAAAAUGGAAGAGGAACUUCAGAAUGUGCAGCUGGAGAAAGUCUCUGUACUUGCGGAUCUCACAUCUACACGAGAGCUAUGUAUUAAAUUAGACUCUAGCAAAGAACUACUAAAUCGGCAGCUAAACUCUACAGCUCAAGAAGUAGAAAGGCUGCAGAGUGAAUGGGAGUCUUCUCGUUCUGAAGUAGAACUUCUCAGGAAACAACUAGCUAAUGAAAGGAUCUCUAUGAAAAAUCUGGAAUCUUUGCUGGUGUCUAACAGAGAGAAAGAAUUCCAGUCUCAAAUAGCCAAACAAGAAAAGGAAUCUGAAAUUCAGCUUCUUAAAGAGCAGCUUUUGCUGUCCGAAAAUAAACUUGCUAUUCAGAGUAGAGAUUUUGCCCAGCUCAGAAAUACAACAACUCAGCUAGAGUCGGAGCUAGAUAUCACCAAAAGGCAGCUGGGAACAGAGCGCUUUGAAAGGCAAGUGGAACGUGCUGUACAAGAACUUCGUCGCCAGAGUCUUACUACUUCAUACCAAUUAAGCUCUACUUUAAGGACAUCAUCACCUGAACGUACUCUCCAUCGAUCUCCUGAUUGGACUCUGGACAGGUCUUUAGACGGGAAUUCUACAUUCAGGGAUUUCUAGCAUUAUUUAGGAUGAUCUGGAAAGAAUCAGCAUGUCCUCUAAAAAGCUGCAGGUUUAAAAUUGAACUCAGAGCUUUCUGACAAUUGUUUUGCCCAGCUGACUGCUAGAUUUUGUUAAAUAUACUUACUGAAUGUAAGAAAACGUACUUUGAAGUUAUUUUAUUUUGGUCAAUUUAAAUAAAUCAGCCUAGAUGUUUUGUAUUUUUUUUAUACAGCUAACCUUUAUUAUUUAGUGCCAUAUCACAAUGAUCCUUUUCGGAAGAAAAAAGGAGACAUGCACACUGCUGCAUCUGUAUGCUAAUAAAGCACAAAAGAAAUAUUUUAUAUUUAUAUUUCACUGUUAAAAACGUAUACUGCAGCAGGGGAAAUGAAGAAGACUAUAACAAUACAAAACUUUUAAAAAAAUCUGCAUGUAUUUCUAAUUCCAAAUAUAUUUUGUAAAUUGGGUUGUAUUUUUGCUAAUUUGUGUUUAUACUUGAAAGCAUGUAUGAAGCCUUGUCUUCAAGAUGAGGCAUAUUCUUCUCUUAAUUCCUUAGUUUUGCAUUUUGAUAUAUCUAGUUUUGCAUUUUGAUAUAUCUCGGUAAUAUCAGGUUUUAUUCAUUUUUAUUUCAAAGACAGUAAACCUAUUACUCAUUUAAGAAAAUUAGUAUGUCUGUUACAAAUAUAUGCAUACUAUGGGAGGACUAUUUAAUGAGUGAGCAUAUUAUUAUAACUUUGCUAAGCUCUUAAAAUGCAUUAUUUUAGAUAUGUAUUUAUUUUUAUACAUAAUUUGCUUACAAUUUCAAAGAAAACUAAUACCAGUUUUAGGAGGUAGGUGACAUUUGAUUCUUGUGUUCUUCAGGUGCAAGGUAAAGGCUUGACAGGUUUUAUUAAACUCAUCCAAGUAAUUUUAUAACUUUGAUAUUAUAUAUGGAUUUUAAUAAGAAUUUUAAAGUCUGGGUAAAACUUUCUUCAUAGCCUGUAAGUGUUUACCAUUUUCAUAUAUGGAAACCAUGAAAAUAAUUU